CUUCUGCCCUGCAGGGCCUGACAUAUGCCAUCUCUCAAAAUACAGGUGUGAAGUUAACACCCUCUGACUUAACCGACUGGGUCCCGGGUUCUCGGGCAAACGGAGGGAUUCCACGGAGGAGGUUCUCAGGACUGACAGCCACGUGGCCAUCUAUACCUCAGCCUUUGCAGAGCAUUUCCCUGUUGUGGGAAUUAUCAGGUUGAACCCUAACCUUUUUAAGGGGGAAUAUUUUGGGCGGGGGUCCUUGAGAUUCACCAGUGUGUUUGGAGCCCCAAGGAGGCCAGAGGAAGGACAGGGCCAGGGCGAGUACAGCCAGAGGGCAGGGCUAGAGGGGUCCCGGGUGCGGUGGAGGGCCGAGUGCCCGGUCCUGACGGAGGCCGGAUGGUGCCACGUUUGCCUGCUGCUUCUCCAGGGCACGGCCUGUGCAUGGCUCUCUCCUUGGGCUUAUCGGCCCAUCGUCCAUUUAGGUAAUGACACUUCCUGCCCCUUAAUCUUGGCUGAGACCAAGUCAGCUCCCCACAUACAUGGCCAGAAGGUUGCAGAAGCCUCCCUAUUUGGGAAAUAAAAAACUUGGCUCUGGAGUAGCCAGGACGUGGAAGCACCGCUUCCGGUACAGCAGGGAGAACAAACGGGCCGGCUUCCCACCCUCUGAGUGCGCCCGCAGGGCGCAGCCUUCCUGGGCCAGAGCCUGGCCAGGCCCAAGUGCCAUCCUGGCAUAGCAGAUGUUGCCAGUAGGAUGGGAGGCUUGGCUCCUGCCUCUCUGGGGGGUGAGCUGGGAAACAAAGGGCUGCUCAGGCCCUGCAGGCCUGCCUGCUGCUCCCCUGCUGUGGGCCUGGCCGCGCCUCCCUUCUCACACCUGGCAGCUCAGGCUCCCAGAGGCACCUUAUGGUGUAGGGCCCAGGAGCCCACAGCCUCCAGGCCAAGCGGGCUCUGGAGAGACCCGGGUCCAGGCUGCCUUCCCUUCUGCCAGGAUGGGGUGAUGUCAUGCUCCGGUGGGAGCCUAGAGGCAGGGCCGGGGAGAAGCGGGGGUAUUUCUCCCCUUCUCUGCCUCCAGCUCCAGCUCCCAUUGCUGCUGCAUCUCAGCCUCUCUUUGUCAUGCUGGGGACCCUGGUUCUUGGUGCUGGAGCGCCCUCUUUCUGUCCCUCCAGCCUGGGGCAGAAGCAGCCUGCUGCCAGCACUCAGUAUCCUGUACACACCUACGGCUGCCUGGAGACUCCCGCUGGCCACAGGAGCCAGACGCAUGGGAGGUCAGUGCCCCGGGAGCCCCUCACCAAUGACCGAUGGCAGUUCCUCUCCCGCGGAGGGCUGCCCUGCGGUGUGUCUGCAGCCUCCCCAGGGCCCCGUGGGAGGCCCUGACUCCCCAUGGGGUUUUGGCUCCUGCCCUCGCCCACGCCCUCCCCACAGGUGUCCUGGAAUCCCGCCUCAGCAGCUGUCUUUGAGGGACCCACCCAAGCAUGCCUCGCCACCCCCUGCGGGCCUCUCAGUGGUUCCCCACAGCCCGCAUCUCCCUGAAGCAUCAUGUGUGGGGCACAGGGUGGGCCUGCCUUUUGGCCCAGCCAUCAGUGCUCUCCGAUCCUGGGAUUGUGGGCAGUGGGGGGGAGACAGGGGUGCGUUAGGAGGUGUGAGCAGGCUGGCGCUCACCGCCCCGGCUGUUCCAGUGCUGGGCACCUUGGGCAGCGCCCCAGGCCCGGGAGGCCGGCUUCCCCUAUGCCAGCUUCCCUGGGACAGGGAGGCUGGUUACACAAAGUGCUCCUUACAUAACUGGCAUGAAGAUACACGAAAAGCCCCGGGCAAGUCAAAACAGCCAUAAAUGGGCAGGGAGCCUAGAAGGACAAACACGGGAAAGUGGGCUUGAUGGAGAAGUAAUUAGGGGCAUCGCCGUGCAGAGUGCAGCCCACUGCCCACCUGGACGUCUUCACCUCUCGGCUGCCCUGCUUCCAGAGCCACGCACCAAAGUCACCGAAGGACGAGAUGGUUUACAUAAGACAAGGCCACGCUUGGGUUAACAAACCAGCCAGCAUGUUCUUAGAGCGUCUGCACAUUUCCAAGACUGAUCAUACACAGAUUUUGCAAUUUGUGGUCUGAAAUGAUGUUAAACAAAGGGUGUCCUUUGGGUGAAAUUUGUGAUUCUUGGCUCUCCUAAAAACUUUUUAGUUUUUAGUUCUGGGCAAGUGACCACUGGGCCCCUCCCUCGGGCCUCGGUGGCACGGGAAUAUUGUUUGCAGAAAUCCACAUUUUAUGUGUGUCCAAGUGGGAAGUCAGAAAAGGACCCAGGAGUCUGUGGGUGGAGAUAACAGGGUGUGUCGGGGUGCUUGUGGGGGACACUUUGUGACCCUGUGGGCUCCCUUUGGUGUUUGGAUGGGGUGUCAGAGGGUUUAGCCCCAGGUUUUUAUCGUUGGGGGGUAAUUUCUAAAGACAGCUUGAAAUGCAAUUUCUGUCCUGUUGGGGACACAGCACCAGGCCCCAGGGGCAUACCAGUGAGUCUCAGCAGGUCAGGGUCACACUGGUGAGCAGUCAGAUGGCUGGGGCCAAGGGUGCCCUAUGGGCAGGAUGGCUUUGAGCCCACAGGGCAGGACUGUAGGUACAGCUCCGCCCCCUGAGUUCUCAGAGGGGUGGCCUCCAGCUUUUGCGAUGUGAUGGACUAAAGAUUUGUAUCCCCCAGGGCUUAUUGUGAGAACCCAGCCCCCAGUGUAAGGAUAACUGGAGGCAGGGCCUUUGGGAGGUGCACAGGUCAUGAGGGCAGGGGCCUCAUGAAUGGGAUCACUGCCUCCACAAGCGCAGGCACAGAGAGAGCUCGCCCCUCACUCACCCUGAAGGACAACAGAAGACAGCCAUCUGCACG